AUGCAGAUGCGGGUCCGAAAGCGACGCGGCUUGACUGGCAAGCUUCCAGAUGGGAUUCAAUACGUCUUGGACCUUACACCUCCGACCAUGGACGAAGACGCAGUCAUCUUCCUAACCGAGCUUUCAUGCCCUAUGAGUAUUAGGACCUGGGCCUCGAAACGGCUUAUAUGGAGCCUGCCAUCGCUAUGCGUUGGGGGACAAGAUGAAUUGGAGCAUCUUGAACAACCUACGCAAUCCCCCACUGCAUCUCCGGAGCCCCGAGGCGACACGGAUGCCGGCUAUCUUGAUUUGAAGAAUGAACCGAUUAAAUCUUCAUCUGAACUACAGAGCCAAUCUUCAGCAUCGCAUCCUAAGGUAGUGAAGCAGAAGGGCGUGCCAGUGGAAUACUCCGCCUCGCGUCACUGUGAAGGCAUUGAGCACAUUCUCCACGUUCUGGAAGGAUUAAACCCCAAAAUAGACACACCUUGCAAGUUUUGGACCUUUUUUGCGCUCGCCAAAAUAUUUGACGUGGCUACGGUUCCGGCUAUCUGCGACCGUAUCAUCUCGUGGUUCUACCAGCUCAACAACAUUAGAUUCAUUGAACUUCAUCCCGAGAUAGCAUAUCGAGUAGCAUGUGCUAUAAGAUCCCCCGGCCUCUGUCGAGAUGCUUUUGUGGGAAUGGUGGGAGACGAAGCCCUGUUGUACCUGAUUCGGGCCACAUCUUUCAAACCAAUCGGAUCUAUGGAAAGCUUGGUGCAGAGCCAGAUUGCUGAUAUUCUAGACGAUGCAGAGGUGCAACGCAUCGAAUAUGCUAGCAAGAGCUUUGGUGACUACGUUGUUCGGUGUUUCUUACAAUUGGCCGGGAGUGAAAUGCCCUGGUUGGCACACAUUGCUGAGUUCAAGAAGCUUACCCGGCAUCUUCAACUUUAUCCAGCGGACCAAGGAAUGGUACAUGAACUAGUCAUGACACUAAAGGAAUUCAUCCGUGGCCGUAUAUAUGGGGCUUUGCUCAAGACAAGAGACACAAAUCGCACAUUCCAUGUGGCUCCAAGCUUGACGAAAUCAGAAAACCCAUAUCAUCGAUCGGGCAUAGACAAAGGAUUUAUCCUCCAGCGAUUAAUUGGGAAAAGCUUCUGGGGUGUGCUGGUGUGGCUGGAUCUCGAUCAAGAGGAAGCACCUCGCACGGUGUCUCAUUCUUCGAUAGCAGAGAUCGGCAAUAGCUUGCUGGGCUUUGGUGGCGAAACCGCAGCAAGGAUUUGCCAUGUGCCGUCACAGAAAGUUCGCAAGAUGAGCUGUGCCUUCAAUGAAGCAGUUAGAACCAGAGCUCAGGCUCGCCAGGAGGAAGAGGCUCUGGCUGCGCAACAUGCGGGAGGGCACGUUGUGAUGGAGAUGACCAUUAACGUCCGGCAGUCGCAAUCUGGCAACGAGGUCGAUAACACUUCCAAGAAGGGCUCUUUCCUCGAUCCAAUUCCUGCUCCCACCCCUAACCCAUAUAUUCCACCUGUAUCUCCACUACCAGCAAAGACGGAUAUUCCAGCAGAAAUGUUCCAAGAAAAGACAUUCAAGAAUGAGGUUCACUCUUUCCUGAGACAAUACGCACUAGAGAUGCUGCAGCAACCUGGUCUAACCAGCAUGCGACACGAUCUCACAGAUACCUUGACCUGCCUCACAUACAAUGAAUUCCAAUACCUACCUCUAUGGGCGGGCGGCAAUGACGAUGGAACGGGCGGUGUUUUCACUGACUUAAUCAUUCCUGCCAUGGACACCGGUGGAUUCUCGGGUCCUGGACCCACCGUACACACUGGCAGUGUCACCUCAAGCAAUGAUUCUUUCAGCGAGAUCAAGCCAAGUGACACCCAGAGCACCAUUUAUGGUGCAUCUCGCGAUGCCACUUACAGUCACGCUUCGGAUAUGAAGUCCGUGGAUUCCACCGACUAUUCCCAAUUUGGACUCAAACAUGAGAAUAAUGAGAGCCACGAUGAAGCGCAAUGGGACAUUGACACGGAGCUAACCGAUGAUGAGACAUCACUGGAUUUUGGUCUGACUACCGAGGAUUACGAAACACAGAGCAAUGGCACCAUUACUAUAGAUACGGGAUCGCCUGAUCCUUCUUUUGGCGAUAUAUCCGAUGAUGUGAAAGAGGACACGGUGAAGGAAGAAGGUAAUGAUACUGAGUUCGAAUUAGUUGAUGUCCACAACUGUUUUUAA